AUGCACAAGGGGGCCCUCUACACAUACGAGGAUGGCUCCGAUGACCUGAAGCUGGCAGCGUCGGGAGGUGGAGGUUUGCUGGAGCUCUCCGGCCACUUUGAGAUCCAGAAGGUGAUGUAUGGCUUCUGCAGCGUCAAGGACCCCCAGGCUGUGCUCCCCAAAUAUGUCCUCGUCAACUGGGUGGGUGAGGAUGUGCCGGAUGCCCGCAAAUGUGCCUGCGCCAGCCACGUGGCCAAGAUCGCCGAGUUCUUCCAGGGCGUGGAUGUCAUUGUCAACGCCAGCAGCGUGGAGGACAUCGACCCAGGGGCCAUUGGGCAGCGGCUCUCCAACGGUCUGGCCCGCGUCUCCAGCCCGGUGCUGCACCGCCUGCGGCUGCGGGAGGACGAGAACGCCGAGCCCGUGGUAAUGUCCCCAUGGCGGCAAUGGCGAUGA